ACAGAGGCGACGUCCUGCAGGCAGAUCCGCCCCCUCCCACCGGAGCAGGCCCCGCCGGAGGACCGGGCUCCCGGGAACUUUCCCCUUCGCAUGCUUUUCCCCCGCCCCGCGGCGGGCCUGGCGGAUGCCGCCUCCCCCGGAGCUGAGCUAGGGGCGGGCGACGGUGGCGGCGGCGGCGGCGGGUCCGGCGGCUCCUCCCGAGUGCUAUGACCGGCCAACUCGCCGCCAAGCUGCCGGUGACCAUGAGCAGUCUGCUCAACCAGCUGCCUGACAACCUGUACCCCGACGAGGUCCCCGGCUCCCUCAACCUCUUCCCCGGCAGCGGCGAGGCGGCGGUGGCGGCGGCUGCGGCCGCGGCGGCGGCGGCUCAUUACAACCAGAUGGCCGCAGACAAUGUGAUGGACAUCGGCCUGGCCGGCGAGAAGCCCAACCAGGACCUGUCCUACUCCGGGUCCUUCCAGCCGGCUCCGGGCAACAAGACGGUGACUUACCUGGGCAAGUUCGCCUUCGACUCCCCCUCCAACUGGUGCCAGGACAACAUCAUCAGCCUCAUGAGCGCCGGCAUCCUGGGCGUGCCCCCGGCCUCGUCGGGGGCGCUCAGCACGCAGACGUCCACGGCCAGCCUGGUGCCCCCGCCGCCGCCGCCGCCUCCACACCCUCCUCCUCCUCCUCCUCCUCCUCCUGCACCCCAGGGCGACGGGGAGCCCCUGUACCCACCGUCCCUGCCUCCGUACUCAUCCUGCGGUGACCUUUACCCGGAGCCCGUGGCCUUCCACGACCCGCAGGCCGCCGCCGCAGGCCUGGCCUACCCGUCGCAGGAUUACCCUCCAGCCAAGCCGGCGCUGGACGCCGGCCUGUUCCCUCUGAUCCCCGACUACAACCUGUACCACCACCCUGGCGAGCUGGGGGCCCUCCCGGAGCCCAAGCCUUUCCAGGGCCUAGACGCCAUCCGGGUCAACCCGCCGCCCAUCACGCCGCUGGAGACCAUCAAGGCUUUCAAGGACAAGCAGGCCCACCCGGGCUUCGGGGGCCCUCCGCCACCGCUGGCCCUGAAGCCCAUCCGGCCCCGCAAGUACCCCAACAGGCCCAGCAAGACCCCGCUCCAUGAGCGGCCUCACGCCUGCCCGGCCGAGGGCUGCGACCGCCGCUUCAGCCGCUCGGACGAGCUGACCCGCCACCUGCGCAUCCACACGGGCCACAAGCCCUUCCAGUGUCGCAUCUGCAUGCGCAGCUUCAGCCGCAGCGACCACUUGACCACCCACAUCCGCACGCACACGGGCGAGAAGCCCUUCGCCUGCGAGUUCUGCGGCCGCAAGUUCGCCCGCAGCGACGAGCGCAAGCGCCACGCCAAAAUUCACCUCAAGCAGAAGGAGAAGAAGGCGGACAAGGCCGGCCCCGUGGCGCUGGCCCCCGUGGUCACCACCUGCGCCUGAGGACGCCCACCCACCCACCCAUCCAUCUCCCCUCCCGUGCCCGCCGGCUGCUGCCAGGAGGGCGCCGGGCAGGCUGCAGGCAAGACUAGGCCGCGUCCGCCCCGCGGUCGACGCCCACCCGGAGAGCCGUCGAUUCGGGGCUGGGGGACGCCCCCCUUCCCCUUCCCCGUCCUCCCCCGCACCCCCGUGAUUGAUCGAUUGA